ACACACGCUAUAACCAAAAAUGGAAAGCGGUAUCAAGGUUCCUCAAGAGACCAUUCAGGUCUUCAACCAGAUGAAGCUUAAGAAGUCGUGCAGAUACCUGAUUCUUGGUAUAUCUGGUGACGUUGUCACUGUGGUUAACCAAGGCUCUGGUGAAGUUGACGAACUUUAUGAUGCUCUCCCAAAGGAUGACUGUGCGUUCGUAUUGUAUGACACUGGUCGCUACGUUGUUCUCUUUAUGUACGCUUCUCCUUCUGCGCCGACAAAUUCGCGCACUAUCUACUCGACUACGAAACAGACUGUCGAGAAGUCACUUGAAGGAUCUAAGGUAUACAAACACCUUGUCGAAGACAAGGACGAAAUCACGGAAGCCCUUAAAUGCUAGGCUUAAAAACUGAAAUUGUUUAAUGUUUUGCCGGAAAAGGGUCG